AGGCUCAGGAUUUUUUUUUUGCUUUAAUCCCUGGUAUAUGAUUUAGCCUAUUGUUUCUUUGUGUUUCUUUAGUUCUACGGUAUUUACAGUGUCUACACGACAGUGUUGGUGUGCUUGUGUUUGUGCGUAAUAAACAUCAGUAAAACGGAACCUCGACUUUGCCUGUUGACUUAGGGACGGCAUAGCGCAUACUGCACUGAGCACAUACUGCACUGCAAGCAGGGACUCCGGCAACUAACUAUGAAACAUGGCCGAUAUACUUUUCAAUAGAUUACAUUCGUCCAUCUUUUGACAGACAAUACGAAUAGCCAAUGACAAUGAGAGUUGCGCCGCGCUGAGCCAAUCACGUGGCUGGAACAGAGCCGUGCCAGCAGCUAGUCGUGGCGUGUUUGUUUGUUUGUGCUGCUGCAGCCGUAUAAAAAAAGAAAAUGAGUGCUCCCUCGGAAGAAACGGCAGAAGACACAGCCCAAGGCGUAAGGGAUGGCAUUGUUGAUGACCUUGUUGAUAAGAAGGGCCCGAAAAGUUCGGUGGUGUGGAGGUAUUUUGGUUUUUUGAAGUCCGACACGAAACAGAGUAGUGUGCACUGCAAAUCGUGUCGAGCACAUGUUCCGAACAAGACGGGGAAUACCACUAAUGUUUUUAUCACCUGAAGCAGCGCCACCUGUUCGAGCACGGAGAACGCAAACUUUCACAAACACGGCCCGGAACAAGUGCUAAUCUUCCCCCAGUAACACCGCCUGUGCAGCAGCAACAGGAGAGCAGAGAGUGCGCUUUAUCCAGCGCCACGCCGUGUGGCAAAACAGCUCCGAGACACCGUGAUAUUACAGAUGCAGCAGCUUCUGUCUGUCUGACAAACACACUGACCGCACUGAGACAGCACUGCACUCACUGGCAGUUCUCGGGCCUUUUUCUCACCAUAAGCUGAGAACAGUUGAGCCGAGCCAUGUGGAGCCACGCCCUUCUGUUCACUCUGCAGAUUCUCACCAUUCCUCCCUCUGUGUUCAGUCAGCGUUCUGUAACGGCUGAACUUCAUCAGGCCGCUACUCUCCCCUGCGACUGGAAAUGUUCUGGUUUGGUUAAAUGGACCCGGAUUCAUCUACCAGGUCAUGUUCUGGCUCAGUGUGAUCAGACAUCCUGCAGGUCCGAGAAGGGAUUUAAUAUCUCCCAUGAUCAGUACCUGGAGGGGAAACCAUAUCUCACCAUCGCUGCGGCUGAUUACACUGCGAGAGGGAUAUACACCUGUCAGUGUGAGGGUUCAGACGUCUGUGACGUGCGUCUCUUCAUUAAGGCUGUGGAGGUGACCCGUGUGGUUACCCCAGGUGAGCCCAUCGACGUGCUCUUACCCCUCAGUGACAUGGUGGAGGUGCGUUUUAGUGCGAGCGACGCUCUACACCCAUCACCCCUGCAGAUCUGCACCGUGGUCAACGAGAGGAUGGAGUGCAGUCCAGAGUACAGAGAGAGAGUGUCUCGCAUCAACACGCUCCAGAUUAAAGAUGGGAAUGCGUCCGACAGCGGGAACUACACAGUCCGGGACAGCGAGAACGAUGAGACCAUCACCGUCAUACAGGUCCAUGUGGGAGCGAAGAAGACGGAUGAUGAAACCUCGCCUCCAGUGAAAGGUGAACAUGUGUACAGCAGCUGGACUGUCGGACUCGUGUUCUGUGUGGGUUUGGUGACUGGCGUUCUCCUGCGUCAGUUUGUCUGGCCGUGGAUACUUACAGGCUGGAGUUGUGUCAAGAAACAAGGGCCAAAGAGUCCAGAGUGUGACCACCGUCCUCUGGGGAAGGACCACAACCGUCCUCUGGGGAAGGACCCCGAUCCUCCUGAAACCACCUUGCUGAAGUCUGUAUGAAAUUUCUAAACAGGGAUGAGUGUUUUGAAGAGUGUUUUGGCCCCCGGGAGAGUUUGAGGACAGCUCGACGGAUCGGACCCUUUACUAUUCAGCGUUUGCGAGGCAGCAUCAAACUGAACAAUAAUUGAAGUGGACACUAGGUGGCGAGCCUACCCAAGAGAUUCUAACCCCUGCAAGGAUUGAAACCAGCAUUCCAUACACGGUUUGACUCAAACUGAGCUAUUCUUUGAAUAUUGACUGAGCUAUUGAACAAAUUGACUUGGACGGAUCCAUUGGACCGAAAAGUUAGUGUUGCAACACAGUAAUCUAUUGAGGGCCUUCAAAUAGAAUAGAAACUUGUGAAGUGUGAAUGGGUGAAUGUGUGUUUUUCCUUUUAUGGUUUCCUGUCAAAGUAAACUGAAAGGCUAAACAAUUAAUCAAACAGAAGAAACAUUUAAAAUACUUACCUGUUAAAGAGAGAGCUAACUCAAAGAAAACUAGAAACGAAUAGACUCAAAUAGCUUAAACAUAGCUAAAGCGAUUGUUACUGAAAUAAGCUAUUCAGACUAUAACAGAUCGGUCAAGAAAAGCUAGAAUAAACCCAUAUUCAAACUUAUUUAAAUUUAUUCAACAAGAAAAGAUUAAACUCCUAGGACUUAUUUAAAUACACAUUUUGCACUGCAAAUAUUUAUUGAUCUAUUUAUUCAUUUAUCUCUUGUACUGUGAAUAUUUAUGUGCUUCUCUGGUUUUUUAGUUCAUGGAGUUUUACCUGACUCAAUGCUUUCUGUUAUGCUGUUGCCCAUUAUUAAAGACAAGGCGGGUAAGAUAAACUCUCUGGAUAAUUACCGACCCAUAGCCUUAGCUAACAUACUGUCAAAGGUCUUGGAGAGGAUUUUGCUGAAUCAGUUGGAGGAGGUUGCUGUGACCUCGGACAACCAAUUUGGCUUUAAACCUAAACAUGGCACUGAUGUGCAUUUUUGCACUAAAAGAGAUCCUUGAUCUGUAUAAUAGGCACAACACAACCAUUUUUAUGUGCUUCAUUGAUGCUUCUAAGGCCUUUGAUCGUGUAAACCAUGAGAAAUUGUUCUUAAAGCUACUAAAUAGAGGAGUUCCCAAGGUUCUAAUUAGAAUCUUAGUGUACUGGUAUGGGCAGCAGUCUAUGUUUGUGAAAUGGGGUAACAAUAUGUCUGACCCUUUUAAAGUUGGAAAUGGAGUCAGGCAGGGGAGUUUGUUGUCCCCUUUUCUCUUUAACAUAUAUAUAUAUAUAUAUAUAUAUAUAUAUAUAUAUAUAUAUAUAUAUAUAUAUAUAUAUAUAUAUAAAAUAUGAAUGGUCUCUCAACACUUCUAAACAGCUGUAGAACAGGCUGCAUGAUUGGUGACCGCAUCAAUCACCUGAUGUAUGCAGAUGAUUUGGUGAUUCUGUCCAUAUGCAGUGCUGGGUUUCAACAGCUGUUGAGAAUAUGCUGUCAGUAUGGCUAUGACUUCGACAUUAAAUACAAUGCCAAGAAGAGUAAUAUAAUGAUUAUUAGAAGUAAAGAUAAGAAAUUGCCCAUUCCUAAUUUUUUCUUGUCUGGUAUAGCUCUCAGCAUAUGCAGUGAGGCUAAGUAUCUGGGCCAUUACAUAACUGAUGAUUUGUCUGAUGAUUGUGAUAUCUAUGGACAGUAUUGAAUGGUAUAUGCUCAAGCUAACAUGCUUAUAAGGAAAUUUGGAAUGUGUUCAUCCUAUGUUAAAGUAGCACUUUUUAAAGCAUUUUGUAUGCCGCUGUACACUGCCCAUCUGUGGAGGAGAUAUAAGAGUAGUAGCAUCCAUAAGCUCUAUGCGGCAUAUAAUGAUGGAAUGAGGCUGUUAUUAAAGUGCCCAGAUGGAGUAGUGCUAGUUAUCUUUUUGUGCAAGUUGAUGUCCCCACAUGUCCUGCUGUACUCAGGAAUCUUAUGUACAGAUGUAUGUGUAGGUUAACAGCGUCUAGCAAUGGUAUAAUUGUAGCCUUAGUGAAUCCUGCAAUGAGUGCAGUUAGAUUUACUUCCACAUUGUGGAACCAUUGGAGAUGCAGUAUUGUAUGUGACAACUUGAGUUUUCCAUGGAUGUCUAUGACUUUUUUUUUUUUUAAGUUUAUUUUUUACUAAAUCUAUAAUGUUUGUAUGUCUUUAUGUAGUUAUGUAUCUAUGGACCACUCUUGUGUCUGAAAUAAAGGUUGAUUGAUUAUUGAA